CUUAUUCUUGUCCUUGUCCUUGUCCUUGUCCUUCUUAAGCUCAGUCUUUCCCCCGGUUGUUGCGUCAGGGAGAACUCAAGCCAACUUUACCCGCCCCUACUUACUACAUCCACUACAACAAACACCACACCCUUUACACUCUACCGUUGCCUACACAAGCUCCAACUCCAACAAUCCCAACUGUGGUUCUAACCUAAUUUCACAAAUUCCGAGCACGUCAUACACCCAAUUAUUCCAGCGCACCGUUCCUUGACUCCCAAAAACCCCCAAGCCCCGAAAAACCAAUAACCCAUAAACUUAAAAACCAUGCUCUCCGCCGGCGAACGCCCGCAACCCGCCAUGAAGAACAAGGGCGCGGUGGUCGACACCCCCCUCAACAUCAACCACACCACCACCAACCCCAUGUGGGCGGACCAGACCCAGCCGCAGCCUCCGGCGCAACCGCCGCAGCAGAUCCAACACAUCUGGGUGGUGACGGGGCCCGCCGGGUGUGGGAAGAGCACCGUCGGGCGCGGUCUGCAGGAAGAACUGGGGGUACCGUUCUUAGAAGGCGACGAUUUCCACCCGGCCUCCAACAAGACGAAGAUGAGCAACGGAGUGCCGCUGACGGACGCGGACCGAUGGGACUGGCUGAUCUCGCUGCGGCAGGCGGCGAUCUCGGCGCUGUCGCCGUCGGAGGCGAACGGCUACCGGCCGCCGACGGGGGUGGUGGUGGCGUGCUCGGCGCUGAAGAAGAAGUACCGGGACGUGAUGCGCGUGGCCGCGUACGGGUCGCCCUCGGUGCAGAUCCACUUCAUCUACCUCAAGGUCGACCCGACGGCGCUGCUGCAGCGCGUGACGCAGCGGCAGGCCCACUACAUGAAGAGCAGCAUGGUGCAGUCGCAGCUGAUGGACCUGGAGGAGCCCGUGGUCGGCGACGAGUGGGACGCGCUGAUCGUGGACGUGCACGCGGGCCAGGCGGAGGUGCUGCAGGAGGUGAUUGCCCUGGUGCGGGAUGCGCUGGUCAAGUACCAGCAUAGCUAGGUUGAGGGA